AUGGGCAGCGUUAUCAGCAGAAGUUCUCGCAUAAAUGCGUCCGACAGCGUGACAAACUCUACAACUAUAACAACUGGCCCGCACUGGCGGGGUCUCCAAAAUAUUUCUCAUCUCAUCAUUUUCGGAGAUUCGUACUCGGACGUUGGCUAUCGUCCAAAAUACUCACCAGCCCCCACAAAGGAUAAUCCACUUGGAGAACCAUUCCCCGCGUCCACCUAUUCUGAGCCCGAUACACCUAAUUGGGUCGGCCAUCUCAUCACCAAAUAUCUCUCACAUGGUUCUGUUUUAGUAUACGAUUACGCCGUCGGUGGAGAUACGGUUCGCGGCGUUUCCACUCAGGUUCGUGCAGGGUUUCUGCCUGGAGCUGGUCAAAAACCCACUUGGGCGCCAUGGUCAUCUACGGAUGCUCUUUUCAUCACUUGGAUUGGCAUAAAUGAUUGCGGAUUCGGAGGCAAGGAGCAAAUACAGAAAUCAAUCAAUAAACUCUUCGAAGAGCAAGAGGAAUUAUUCAGUGUAGGCGCGCGCAACUUUCUGUUCAUCGAUAUACCCCCUGUGCAUGUCUCACCCACAUGUCAAUCACUACGUAAACGGAGAGGCGAGGCGGCAUCUCAUAUAUUCGAGUUCUGGAACUCCGAACUUCGCUCACGCAUCUCCGUAUUUUCCACCUCUCACCCUGCAGCUACCGUUAUGUUGUUCUCAUCAUGGGACACAUUCAUGCGUAUUUUGAAUGACCCCAUUUCGCAUGGCUUUGAAAAGGAAGAUAUAGCCAAAUCUCGUGGUAGUUUUUGGGUUGAUCACUUGCAUCCUACUACCAAAGUUCAUGACUGGAUUGCGAAAGACCUGUACGAGUUUUUAGUCGCUCAAUCUACACACACUUCAACAGAAUAG